UUUUUAAUUUGUCAUAAUUACAAUGAAUUCGACUUUUAAAGUAGGCAUAAUUGGAGGCACAGGAUUUAUAAAAGAUUCUGAUAUUAUGACAGAAACCAAAGAAAUAAAUAUUGCUACUACACCUUUUGGAAAUCCUUCUGAUAUAUUGCUUGAAGGAAAUAUUAAUGGUGUUUCUUGUGUUAUUCUCUCGCGACAUGGACGUAGUCACUAUAUUAGUCCAACAAAUGUUAAUUAUCGAGCUAAUAUUUGGGCGCUUAAAAAGGCCGGCGUUUCUGUAAUAAUUGCUGUGACUGCUUGUGGAUCACUUCGAGAAGAAUUAGCCCCCGGACAUUUUGCUGUUUUGGAUUCUUUUAUUGACAGGCUUAUUUUAAUUUCUUCUCUUUCAAAAACAAAAUUAAAUUACCAAACAAAAGGAACUCUUGUUUGUGUAGAAGGGCCUAGAUUCUCUACGAGAGCUGAAAGUGAAGUUUUCCGUCAAUGGAAGGCUGAUCUUAUUGGAAUGACACUUUGCCCUGAAGUAGUUUUAGCCAAAGAAUUGGGCAUUCCUUAUGCUUCUUUAGCUGCUGUAACAGAUUAUGAUUGUUGGAAAGAUAGUGAAGAAGGGGUCAAUAUUGAUUUAGUAGCUGAAAUUAUGAAAAGAAAUUCUGAAAAUUUAAAAGAAAUAUUAUUUAAUGCAAUAAAUGAUAUUGGUGGAAGAAAAGAAGAAUUAUUAAAAGAAAUUAAUGAAACUAAAGAAUUGGCAAUAAAAUCUGUAAUGGAUGGAGGUUGUAAACUUGAUUUUGAACAUAUUUAA